GCAGUUGAGGCCUGCUAAACAGCAUUAGCACGUUUGGCUGAGCUUUUCCAGUGAGCUAUAGGCCACAGAGUGGCACAUAACGUCCUUAAAACAUACUCCUAUAUGAUAACAUACAGUAACGGCCACCUAAAAUGACGAACGAUGGGACGAAAAAGAAAGGAAAGGCACCAAGAGACAAAAAAUCGUCUAAAAGAAAAGGCAAGAGGAGGGAAACAUACGCUGUGUACAUUUAUAAAGUGCUGAAGCAGGUCCACCCUGACACUGGCAUCUCCAGUCGGGCUAUGAGCAUCAUGAACUCCUUCGUAAAUGACGUGUUCGACCGCAUUGCCACCGAGGCCUCAAGACUGACUCAGUACAACAAGCGCUCGACCAUCACCAGCCGUGAGGUCCAGACUGCCGUCAGGCUGCUGCUUCCCGGGGAGCUGGCCAAGCACGCUGUGUCUGAGGGGACCAAGGCUGUCACCAAGUACACCAGCUCCAAGUGAAAGGGCAAGGAAGCAGACUUUUCAAAUACAAAAGUCUUGUGUUUGUGUUCCAAAAGGCUGCUUAGUUUUUGCAAUAAAAGCACAGAAUCCUUUGGCA